AGAAAGUUCAAGAUCAUUCUGUCUGAUCAUAAAGUGUAAAAUAUUACAUAAAAUGACACUGUGACCAAUGACCAGAAGUCUUCCUGAUAUAUAGAUUCGCAUAAUAACUUGUUACAAUAUUAUUUGAGGUCUGAAAUGUACACCAUCAGAUGACAUCAUUACAUUAGCUAUAUAUAUAAAGAUCGCUGUCCUAAUAUCCACAAUUAUUUGGAAACUAUCUAACCAAAUCAAAAUGAGAUUCACCCUUGCUGUUGCCGUAACUGUUGCCCUAGCCGCUGUUGUUUCAGCAGGAGGGUAUGGACACGGAGGAGGAGGGUACGGACACGGAGGAGGAGGAUACGGACACGGAGGAUAUGGCGGUAAAGGAUAUGGAAAGGGAUACGGAGGCGGAUAUGGCGGUGGAUAUGGUGGUGGAUAUGGUGGUGGAAAGGGAUACGGUGGUGGAUAUGGAGGAUUCUCUGGAGGAUACGGUGGAGGCAUGGGAGGUGGAUAUUACGGUGGAAUGAGCGGAUCUUAUGGUGGAUUAGGUGGAUCAUAUGGUGGAUCUUAUGGUGGUAUGAGUGGAUCAUAUGGUGGAUUAGGUGGAUCUUAUGGUGGAUUAGGUGGAUCCUAUGGUGGAUUAGGUGGAUCUUAUGGUGGAUUAGGUGGAUCAUAUGGUGGUAUGAGUGGAUCUUAUGGUGGAUUAGGUGGAUCUUAUGGAGGUUUGGGAGGAACUUAUGGUGGUUUGAGUGGGUCUUAUGGAGGAUUAGGUGGAUCCUACUCAUCAGCUGGUGGAUCUUAUUACCAAGGCCAAUCCUCAUAUCCAGGAUCAUCCAUGCCAAUUUAUUAAAUGACAUCAAUUCAGAACAAUAGAAAUUAUCGUCACAAAUGAGGAUCAAGAAGUGGAAUGCAUAUGGCGUUUUCAUAACUUGUUGAUACUAACCUUUGUGAUAAGGAAAAAACAUAGAACAAAAUUAAACUUUCAGAAUAUGAAAGUAUGGAUGGGAAUAAAAAAUUAAUAACCUUUUAAAAAAGAAAGAAAAAAUAUGAAUUAACACGAAAAUUACCUCUUUUCAGCAUUCAAUAUAAAUAAAAGAUUCAUUCGAAUGAAGAGCAAAUUAGCUUUUAGUAGCAUAUUAAGAAAGAAAAGUAUUGCUUUUUUAAUUCGAUGCCUACAUUGACAGAUUAAAAACUAUGAUUUUUUUAAUACCAAACAAAAAAAAUCAAGCAUUAUAUUUUAGCAUAUCUUAUGUUAAAAUAAUUUAAAAUACUUUGAAUACUGAAUAUUUUAUAAAGUAAUCCAAACAUUUAAGAAGCCUUGAUUAAUUUCAAUUAAAAAGGUAAAAAAACCACCAAUAUUGUAGCAAUUCUAACCUUUAACACGCUUUCUAACAUGUAUAUCUUAUAAAGAGAACGUAAAAUUUGUUGAAAUAAAAAAGAAUUAUAUUUGAAUUCGGUUGUGCUUAUAACAAAACUUAUUUUCUCCCCUAGAUCUUAAUAAAUUAUUUUCUCAUUGACAACUGAAAAAGACCCAUAUGACUCAUUACCCCGAUUAUUCUUUGUUUAAACUAUGUAUGCAUUGUAUACAGUCAUGUACAUAAAAUGUAUAUUGUUUAAACUUUUUAUUGGUUUUAGCAUCAUUUAUGAACAAUAUUUUGAGAAAAUGAAUCAAUUAAAAUUUUAGAAAGAGUUCA